AUCCUCAAUGCACGUCUACGGACUUUAUAUUAGAUUUUCAUUAAGGAAAUAUCACCGCGUUAUUUAAUAUUUUUGAACAGAACCAUCGUGUCCUGAGCCACCGAUAGAGACCGUCGCUAUUCAACUUUGUGCGUUUGACUCGUUUCGCGCACGUUCGAUGGCACCACGCGCUCGAUGCUGCUGCCCCCGCAAAGUUCGCUCGGAGUUUUCUACCGCUGGUGGUCCAUAAAAUCGGCCAUUACAUCAACAUUUUUGUCGUGCAACGAGCAGCUACCAGCAGUUCGCGAUGGGAAAAUUGCGACCGACCUGGUGAACCAUUUCUCUCCCCCUUCCCUGGCAUUGGUCUGUAUGAUGUCUGACGCUACCACGGAAAGCAUGAUCGGCAAUAAUAGGACGAUGCCUAACAUCAAGCAGGAAAUCGAUAACCCAACGACGCCCACGCAAAAUUAUCAAGUAUGCUCGCCAACCACGACUCUCCAACAUCAGGAGUCAAUAUGCACUAAGUUGGAUAUUCCGCCGGAUUAUGGUGGUAGCAGCGGUAGCCCUGAAAGUCCAGAAAUGCAUCAUUGUUCCUCGACAACGCAGCCUUUAGGUACUCCGGAGGACGGUAUUAAGGAAGAGGACAUGAUACCCAGGAGACUCUGUCUUGUUUGCGGUGACAUCGCGAGCGGUUUUCACUACGGGGUCGCUUCAUGCGAAGCAUGCAAGGCUUUCUUCAAGAGGACUAUACAAGCCAGUAAUUUUACAGGAAACAUCGAGUACACUUGUCCGGCGAACGGCGAGUGCGAGAUAAACAAACGGAGACGAAAAGCGUGCCAGGCGUGUAGAUUUCAGAAAUGUUUGCGGCAAGGAAUGCUGAAGGAAGGCGUGCGAUUGGAUCGCGUUAGAGGCGGUCGACAAAAGUACAGAAGAUCCGCGGAUCCUUACACGCCGGUCAAGAGCGCUACGCUAGAGGCUAACGUAACGUCGGGAGGUCCUACCGAAACGAUAAAUAAUAAGUUGGUCGAAGCCUUGGCAGCUUGUGAACCAGACAUGCUUCAAGUAUCCAACAUCCCCAGCACACAGGAGACAGACCAGAAGGUUCUCGGACAAUUGUCAGAUCUUUACGAUCGAGAAUUGGUUGGCAUAAUCGGUUGGGCCAAGCAGAUUCCAGGUUUUAGCAGCUUAGCAUUAAACGAUCAAAUGCGACUUCUGCAGAGUACUUGGGCUGAAAUAUUAACUUUCACUCUAGCGUGGAGAAGCACGCCGAAUAGUGGCAGAUUGAGGUUUGCGCAAGAUUUUACAUUAGACGAAAGGAUUGCGCGCGAAUGCCAUUGUAUGGAGCUCUACACACAUUGUAUUCAAAUUGUCGAGAGGAUUCAGCGAUUGGGUUUAACGCGGGAAGAAUACUACGUGCUGAAAGCAUUGAUCUUAGCGAAUAGCGAUGCUAGAUCGGACGAGCCGCAGGCGCUUUACCGUUUUCGUGAUUCUAUCUUGAAUUCUCUGUCGGACUGUGUGGCGGCGGUGAGACCGGGUCAGGCCCUCCGCGCUACGCAGAAUAUGUUCCUAGUGUUACCCAGUCUCAGGCAGGCUGACGGGAUUGUCAGACGAUUCUGGUCCAGUGUGUAUAGAACGGGCAAAGUACCGAUGAACAAACUGUUUGAGGAGAUGCUCGAGAACGUUUGCAACCGAUGAAACACGUUUUGCAAAUUCGAUAACUUGAUUAUUCAUCGCCUGUUCACGCGUUGUUUACCAAAAGUUGGCGAUAUUCUUCAUCAUUAUCGUGAUUAUUAUUAACAUUGUCCAUCGUUAUCGAAUAUGAGAGUGUUUUGGUGUCAAUAUUAAUGAGUGAUAGUGCGUGGAAAAAACGGAGUUAUCAGUUUUUCUAUGAUAAUCUUUAUUUUCUAAUGGACUCACGAAUCUUUAUUCUUUUCUUUUGCGAACAGAAAGAACGUUGAAAGUGGAGGUUUGGCUAAUGUCUUCGGCGAUUAUCGCGAAUCGUGAAUCGUUUUACGAUGGUAGGCGCAUAGUCUUUGUUUGUAAUAUCCAAACUUACCUUUUUACGAGUACCCCAUUUACAGGUACAAAAAGAAAGAAAGAAAGAUGUAACUUUUAUGUCGGAACAUUCAGUACAAGAUGCGAGAAGACUUUUUUUUUUCAAAGUACUCAUCUUAGAAUAGACGUAUGCGGAAACCAGUGAUCGACUUUAUGGGAAUAUCAAACAUAGUGUUUCCGUUUGAUUUCAUGAUUGCAACACCGAACCGUGAAAAUCGGAUAAGCUGUAGAUAACUCUGGGCGUUUAAUAUAUUGUACUAAUGAUAUCAUUAGUAUUCGUGUGAGAAUACUUUAAGAAUCAACAAUCAAAAUUAUUGUUAUUGAACGGCAUUUUCUCUUGAUUUUGCUAUUUUUUUGAUCAUUGUUACUUUUUUUCAUUCAAUUCUUGUAGUCCGGCGGAGGGAGCGGAGGAAAUUACAAUCCUCUUCUUGCGUCUUUGUCAUACGAUGUACAUUGCUUUGUUUACGUUAGCACUUGUAAUUAUAAUAGCUUAAAUGUGAAAAAUAAUUGAGUAAUAUUAAUCAAUAUGUUUGUGAUAGCUGUAUUAUAUAACAUCCAUAGUUAUAGCGAUGUAGAAAUACAUACAUCUUUGUACAUUAUAUCUUAGACUACAUCUUUGUACAAUAUAUAAACGAGAUCGAAAUUAAUCAAGUAUGAAAAAAUGCGAGCGGAAGAAAGAUAAUGAUAAAAUGACCGAAUUGUUCUCCCAAAUCAGAAACAUACCGCUUUUAAGCAGUUCGGAAUUUUUAUCAGAAAUGUAUCUUAAAGAGAGAUUGGCCAGAUUAUUGCCAUAUUACCGCGAUUUUGUAAGCGGUCGAAAUGUUUAUCCGGUUGUUCAAAAAUGUGUCCGUGCCACACAAAAAAAGAGAAAAAAAUAUAAUUAUUGCUAAUAUAAUUAUAUUAAUAUUAUUUUUACUAUCAUAUAUUAUUAUUAUUACGAUCAUUAUUAUAUUAAUAUGCGAUUAAUAUUAUUAUCACUAUUAUUUUAUUAGAUAUUCAGGGAUCUUUAUAUAUUAUCUAGUUAUUACUAAUUAUAUUAAAUUGUUAUAAAAAACAGCGAAUAUAUUUAUGUGCAUAAUAUCAAUUUUGGAUUAACGUCGCGCAAUCAUAACGUUACAUAUGUUCUUCGCGAAGAGAUUUUUAAGAGAGGAAUGAGAGCCAUAUAUGAGAAAAUGAGUAAGUUUUAUGGAGCUUUAUAUGUGACAACUCUUGAUCGCGAAGUUAUCACGGUUUAUCUAUAUUCCAAAAUGCCGUUUACUAUCAUUUAUUCUAUCAGUUGUGUUUGUAAAAAAAAGUUGUUUAAGUUAAAACUAAAAAUUAAAAGUUGAACUACAAAAAGGCAUCUGUUCAAAUUAAAUUUUUAUUUAUUUUUCACUCUAUUAAUGAUUUAUAAUUUUUUUAGGAUUAAAAUUAGAUAGUGAUAUAUCUCAAAUUGAAAUUCAUUGAUGAUUUCUCAUACGAAUGAAAAACCGUGUAAACUUCGUAUUUACAUCGCGAAAUUAUCAUAGACAUAGAGUGCAAUAAAAGCGAGAUAUGUGCAGUUCAUCUGUCUUCUUAACAACAAGAUAACGUCAAUCCUUUGCUUUUCUUUGAUAGAACGUCACGCCAUUGUUCUAUCUUCCGUUCAGAAUUUACAAGCGUCUUUCUUUUUGUUUUGUCUGAAACUCCUCUCACACUCGAAUGGAAAAUUGCGAUAUUUUUGCGUUCUCUCUUCAUGUCGACGAUUUUUUUCAAAAUUAUUUUGUAUCUUUUAUACUAAAUUCUGCAAACUAAACUAUGAUCUUACUUUUGUCAUGACAAAACGACAAGUUGUCCCGAUCAAUUACCAGCAAUUACGCAACUUUUGCUGUUCGAUAUGUAUCGCAAAUCAACCCUUCCCUCUCCCAAUCGCGCUAGUGCGAUCUUAAAGACGUGAUAUGUAUUAGAGCAAAUAUUUUCACAUACAUCUCCAUCAAAGAAAGAAAAAAAAAUGCGUUAGAUAUUUUUAUGCAACUGAUUUUCACUGUGUACCGUUGAAUUAUGAGGUUUCAUACUUUUUCGAGCAUUUUCUUUGUAUAUACAUAUGUAAUCACAUCGAUUCGCCGUGGCGGUAGAAUCGUAGUCUCAGGGUUGCGAACAAGCAAACACAAUACAAAAACCUAGACACAUACAAAUAAUUAAGCGCGUGUGUGCGAGUAUAUUUGUCAAAUAUAUUAUAUAAUAGUAGUAAUAACGAUAGAUUUAAUAAGAGGGAAAGAAUAGUAUGUUGAAAAAAGCGGUAUAUUGUGUAAUUAUGUAAAAGUUCGCGAAGAGACGGCAACUAUUUGUUACACGGAAAUGAAAAAAACAACAAAUACAGAAGAGAAAGAGAGAUAGAAUGAAAGAAAUGAUAAAAAAAUUAUAAUCAUUAUACUAACAUUAGUGGGACGAUUAAGCUUUAAUUCUCGCAGUAGGAGAGAGAUGUGCUUUUAAAUCAUCAAACUUCGUAAAGAUCACGUUCUCCAUCGUACACUCAAAAACGACAUUCAAAAUUUCCAGUUUCUUUUGGAUUAGAUUGAGAUUGAGAUUUGUUAUCAUCAAGAUCUCGUAUUAGAGAAUGGUUAAGGCUACAUAUAUAAUUUAUCGUUAUGUAUAAAAAAGUUUACUUGAAAAAUGUGGCGAAAAUUUUUUCGUGAAGAAACUUUGUGAUGUGAUAUGGGGUUCUCUCUUUUUCCGAUAUCCUCAGAUGAGAAUAUGAUAAUCGUUAGCAUUUAUAUAACGUAAUUAUAUAACUUUUGUUUGACGAUACACGAGGUUUAUUCUUGCUCUUUUAAUUUACUCCACGAGAACGUAUCUAAAAUUAUAUUUUAUUUUAUGUAUAAACAUAUAUUUACGAAAUAUGAUGAGAAACAUUGGGCUGACAUUUUUUAUGUAAAAUAUUUUUGUCACACGCGAACUGUUUGCAAUAUGGAUUUGAAUCGUUAUAUUGUGGUCUCUUUAAGUUCUUUAAUUAAUAGUAUUAUAAUAAUUAUAAUAUUAAUGAAAUAUUAUAAUAUUAAAAAAUUAUUAAAUUUUUUUGUUCAGUCUCGUGUCUUAAAUAAAUCGUCGUUUUACUGCCUCAAGUCCAUUGAUGUAAAUCGCAUCUGUAAGAAAAGAGAGAGAGAGAGAGAGAUGCUACGCUUUUACGAUGAUUAUAAAUAUGUAUGUAAUUACUUUGUAAUUUUAUGUGACUUUGUAGAUUCUCGCUAAAUAUAAUUUUUAUAUAUGUGCGCGUUACAAAUGCGAAGAGCCGUAACUUGGUGUACCUACAAAACUGGUGAGAUUGAAGAGAUACUAGUAGCAUCAGUGUUGUCGAUGCGACAAUGGAAAGCAGCGCAUCGCGGAAUUUCGUGAUUAAGAUAGUUUGUAUGAGAGAAAGAGAAUGCGUCUGUACAUGUGUGUUGUGUGUAUGCGUGUGUAUGUGCUUCAUUAAGAUGACGAUAUUUACAACGAGAUACAGAAAAUAAAUUGACAAAAGAUACGUUGUACGGAACUACCUCGGUAA